GAGGAAGGAGAGGGGAGGAAACUGUGCUGGGAGAACAAGCAACUGCUGAUCCAGACAGUGUGAAGUUAAAUGAUUUUGGAAACCAGCAGCAAGAGGGAGGGAGCAGGAUUGUACUUUAAGAGAUCUCUACUCCCAGUCCUGCUGCCCUCCCCAGCAUGCCUGGCUGACGCCUUGACAGGAAUGGCAUCGGCUGUGUUUGAAGGGACGUCGCUGGUCAACAUGUUUGUUCGGGACUGCUGGGUGAACGGGAUCCGGAGGCUCAUCAUCAGCCAGCGCGGGGAGGAAGAGGAGUUCUUCGAGAUCAGGACUGAGUGGUCCGACAGGAACAUUUUAUACUUGCAUCGGAGUUAUUCGGACCUGGGGAGGCUGUUUAAAAGACUGCUGGAGUCCUUUCCUGAGGACAGAAGAGACCUCUCCAAGUCUCCAAUGAUAGAAGGACUGGUAAAAAUCAAAGAGGCAAGCGACAUAGAAGAGAAGCUGAACGAGGUGGAAAGACUACUGAAGAAUGCCAUCAACAUGCCAUGCAAGUAUUCCAGGUCAGAGGUGAUGUUGACCUUCUUUGAGCGAUCACCGCUGGACCAGGUGUUGAGAAAUGACAAAGUCCACAGAAUCCAGCCGUGCUUUCAGAGCCCAAUCAAGAUAUCAGAGAUCAUGCGGUCCAAUGGAUUCUGCCUGGCCAACACAGAAACCAUCGUAUUUGAUCACAGUAUCCCUGAAGAGAAAGAGAGACCGUCAUCCACCGACUCUGUAGAACAUACGUAUGAGGAUGGAACAGAGUUUUUGCCAAUGGAAGCAGAUGUGUGCGACGAGGAAACAGAAGCGUAUGUCACCAACCUGUCCUACUACCAUCUGGUCCCAUUUGAAACUGACAUCCUGGAGUGAGGAUGUAUCUAGCAGAUGCCUGUCGAUGGAAAUCUCUGAGAAAUAUAUACUCUUAAGUGGAACCAAACUAUGCAAUGCUGCACAAAGCUGCUCCGAUUCAAUGCUGCUCUACAGUCAGUGUAGAAUAUCCACCGAAACAUUACAAGAAGCCACAACAGCAGCAACACUUUGUUUUCAUCCGCUUUAUGCGAUGUCACCAGUGUGCCUCAUCCUUUUUUUGUUCUGAGACUGACUGUGAAAGACUUUCAGGUGAUGGAACACGACCUGUGGGAGCCACAUAGAAGUCCUCAGCAACGUUCUGAAACAUGCUGCUUGGCCACUUUAGAAGAGCGUCUGUGGUUUGUUGUAUGACUGCGAUCGGUGGCGUGAGAACCACACCUGAGCUGACUUUUGGAAGCAAAUGUAACUUAUUGGACCAUUUAUUCUUAAUGAAUUGACCAGCACUCUUUCUUUUUGACUGAGUUGGUUUGUCGUUCUCAUCUAUUCACUCAUGAUGGCGUCGGCCUGAUUCGUUAAGACAGAAAGCCGUCAUGAAGUUUUGUGUAUUUUCCUUGUUUAUGGUGCAGUUAUCACCAGCAUUUAGCAUUUUAUUUGUUUGUGUACCAGCUUAAAACUCAUAGGUUAAGUCCUGUUUUGAUGCUAUGAUAUGCAGUGACAUGACUGUACUCUAAGAGCCAAGUGAAACUAGACUGCAUGGAUUUGAGAUAUUUGUUGACCGCUAAGGAUAGAAGACUAGAAACAGAUAUUUCUAUAGGCUGGUGCAAUGAGCAAGAAUUAUAAAACUAAAACAAGCUGCAGUUUGUUAGCAUAAGCUGGAAAAUGAUUCUUCAGGGUGCUUUUGUUUCACUUGGUUCUCAGACUACUGUUAAAUUGAAGAAUGCAAAAAGAAAUUAAAAGUGUAAUCAUCAUGUUGUCGUAACGCUCUCUUUCCAAAGUGAGAACUUAUUGCUGCCUAUUUGGAUUUUUUUUUCUUUUUUCAUGAUGUUUUGCCUGAAUAAUACAUUAGAAUGUAAUCAUGUCAGACAUGUGGCUUGUUAUGCUGCUCAUUUUAAAUUCAUAAACAAAUAAUUGGAUUUAUGGGCUCAGAGACCGAGUGUUGCCGUUACAUGGAAAACUGCAUCAACUCACUGCUGUUGUUGCCAUCUGACGAUAAAUUGGGGCAAAGGAAGCUUUGUUUACUGGGUCAAUUGAGGUCAUUUCUGUCCCGUUCUGUAAGAUGACAUGAGUGGGCUCAGGCAGACAGCUGACUACAGUCUCAGUGAAUGUGGGAGUCUGCAGCUCGGCCUGUGAUGGUGAAACAAGACCUCCCUUUAUCUAAGGAAGACAAACGACAUUGCUGUACAAAAACUUUCUAUAGAAAAAGUUGCAUGAAAAUGGCAAACACUUGAUUAAAAUUCAUGCCUUUGUAUGUUUUAUAGGUCCUUCCAUCAUGCGGAGGACACUUUUAUUCCUCAAACCGAGACCGUGAAACUCGGUGGAGCAUUGCGUAUGUUUUGAAUGUGACUGAAAAGACUAAAAAUGUAUAUUUGUGUAGGCUUAGCUGCCAUUGUUUUGACAAGUUUUGUCACCGCGGGAGCCACUGUGGCCUUUGAAUGUAGGCUAACAGCUUGUGUCCAGGUUUCUGCCCUUCUAAAUACAAAGGCAUUCAACUCUCACAAACUUGGCACUGGAGCCUUCAGCAGAACGACCCUCCACAUGAGUCCGUUUAGUAACACAGUCAUGAUCACGAUUCACCCCGUGAGAAAGUACGGUUCUUUCACAGGGGACAAAACUAUUUCAUGCUUUUAUCUAGUAGGUUUUUGCCUUUCUUUUCUCCAAGAAUGCCAUGCAGGAUGUAAAUGAUUCUGUUGAAAACCCCUCUUUCAUAGAAAACAACAUACUUAUAGGCAAGAAUGAAUGAUUCACUAAGAAGAAAAUGCAAAUGUUUGACAGUGCAGACAGACCAUAUGAGUUCAUAUUUAAAAAUUAAACAUCCAGAAAGACCUGUGCGUACUUUAAGACUUUAAGACUCUUUUGUAAGCUUAUUUCAGUCACUGCAAUAUGUAAAUUCGUUCAUGUUUUCUCUGAAGCUAUGACUGAACUGCGGUACUGAACCAACUCAAUGCAUUGAGGGGAGUGAGUAACAAAAUGCUGGUACUUCAGUGUUUCAGUGAAAUUUCCAAACAUGUCAUUUUGUCCACUGUGCCAGCUGAAGUUUGUUAAAGAGCUAAAUGAGGACAGCAUGACAGAUCAUAUGAAAAUAAAAUUACACAAAAGAUUUAAUUUAUUUUGUCCAACUUCAGCCAGCUAGCCAUCCUAUGCCUUGUUGUGUGUUGUAUGUUUAUAUGUCAAAUGUGAGACGAGUCUUUGGUGUGCAAAUAUGUCAAAAUGAAGUUAAUCUUAAUUAUAGACUUUGGAAGGUGACGUGUAUGUGUUAACAUGUUUGAUAUUGUUAAAGCUAUUCAGAGAGUAUUAGAUACAAAUUAUUCCUCUAAAAGCUUCUCAGAACAAAUAAAUAUGUUUUCAAUAAAACAAA